AUGGCUGCCAACUGGUCCUUCAAGGCCCAACCAGGUGUCUUCAUCGAACUCACCGACAUCGCGCACAACUACCCUGGAGAAAAAGUCACCACGCAACCAAACCUGGGCCUCAUCCCCAGCCAGUCAUACCCUUCCGACGACCCAGAUGCUUCUGAUCAGCGAGAUUGGGUCCGUCUCGCACGUUAUGUGACAUGGCUCAACAAGAACAGCUCCAACAAUGUCGUAUAUAAAAUCUUAUACUUGACGCGACACGGUCUUGGUGUGCAUAACAAGAUGCACGCUCAAGUGGGCUCAGAGGCAUGGAAUACAAGAGUAUCCUUCGAAAAUGGGGACGGCAAAGAAACUUGGUUCGACGCCUCUCUCACUGAAGUAGGCGAGCAGCAAGCCAAAGACCUCAACACCUUCUGGACAGACCUCAUCAAAGUCCAAGGCGCACCACAUCCCCAAACCUUUUACACCAGCCCCCUGGCUCGGUGUCUCCAGACGACAAACCUUGUCUUUUCCUCACUCAUGGCCACGCAAACACCACCCCAACAGCCAAUCGUCAAGGAACUACUCCGGGAGAGAAUCACACGCCACACGUGUGAUUACAGACGUCCACGCACUUGGAUAGUGGAAAACUAUCCCAGCUACCAAAUCGAGGAUGGGUUUGAGGAGGAGGACCAGUUCACCAACAGGGUGGACCCAGAGACGGACGAGGAGCAUGUUGUGCGGAAGAAAAGGGCCCUGGAGGACAUUUUCAACGAGACGUCGAAAGACUGCGAGGUAAUCUCGCUAACGGUGCACUCGUACGCUAUCCGGGCCAUCCAGGGUGCAGUUGGGGCGGGUGUCUGCCGAACGAGGGAAGGUACCAGUGUUGCGUUGCUUGUCAGAGGCGAGAGGGAUGUCGAGGCAAAUGGCAUAGAUGGGCUGGACAUUAAUGACUACACCUCGGCUGAUCCCGAUGCUGUGGGUUCAUUAAGAAGAUUUUCCAUGUGA